UCUGUCCGCGUUUGUCCGGCCGGUGGUUUUUGUCGGGCCGCUGUCGCCUCGCCGCGGGGAAAGCAAGCCGGCGCGUGAGGGCUGAAGCAGAACCCCUCUCCACGCCUCGCGGCCGGCGCCCCCGGGCCCGCCCGUGGCGUCCUCGUCGCGUGCUCGGCCUCGCUGGGCCGCGGCCUCCCGUCCCUGGGGUUGAGAUCCGAAACGUUUGCAAACAUGUCCCGGAUCGAAAAGAUGAGCAUUCUGGGAGUGCGGAGUUUUGGAAUAGAGGACAAAGAUAAGCAAAUUAUCACUUUCUUCAGCCCCCUCACAAUUUUGGUUGGACCCAAUGGGGCGGGGAAGACGACCAUCAUUGAAUGUCUAAAAUAUAUUUCUACUGGAGACUUCCCUCCCGGAACCAAAGGAAAUACAUUCGUUCAUGAUCCCAAGGUUGCUCAAGAAACAGAUGUAAGAGCCCAGAUCCGUCUGCAGUUUCGUGACGUGAAUGGAGAACUUGUAGCUGUGCAGAGAUCUAUGUUGUGCAGUCAAAAAAGCAAGAAGACAGAAUUUAAAACUCUGGAAGGAAUCAUUACGAGAACAAAGCAUGGAGAAAAGGUCAGUCUUAGCUCUAAAUGUGCAGAAAUUGAUCGAGAAAUGAUCAGUUCACUUGGCGUUUCCAAAUCUGUUCUAAAUAAUGUCAUUUUCUGUCACCAAGAAGAUUCAAAUUGGCCUUUAAGUGAAGGAAAGAUGCUGAAGCAGAAGUUUGAUGAGAUCUUUUCAGCCACUAGGUACAUUAAAGCUUUAGAUACACUUCGUCAAGUCCGUCAGACACAAGGUCAGAAAGUAAAAGAAUGUCAAACAGAAUUGAAAUAUCUGAAACAAAAUAAGGAAAAAGCUUGCGAGAUUCGUGAUCGGAUUACUACUAAAGAAGCCCAGUUAGCAUCUUCAAAGGAAAUUGUCAGGUCGUAUGAGAAUGAUCUUGAACCAUUGAAGAGCCUAGGCCAGGGCCUAGGGGCCCCAUCAGGAGGUCGUCUACAGCUGCAAGCAGAUCGCCAUCAAGAACACAUACGAUCUAGAGAUUCAUUAAUUCAGACUUUGGCAACACAGCUAGAACUGGAUGGCUUUGAGCGUGGGCCAUUCAGUGAACGACAGAUUAAAAAUUUUCAGAAACUUGUGAGAGAGAGACAAGAAAGGGAAGCAGAAACUGCCAGCCAACUGAUGAAUGACUUGGCAGAAAAAGAAACUCAGAAGCAAAAACAGAUAGAUGAAAUACGGGAUAAGAAAACUGGACUGGGAAGAAUAAUUGAGCUAAAAUCAGAAAUCUUAAGCAAGAAGCAAAAUGAACUGAAAAAUGUAAAGUAUGAACUACAGCAGUUGGAAGGAUCUUCAGACAGGAUUCUUGAACUAGACCAGGAGCUCACAAAAACUGAACGUGAACUAAGCAAGGCUGAGAAAGACAGCAAUGUAGAAACCCUAAAAACAGAAGUCAUAAGCCUUCAAAAUGAGAAGGCAGACCUCGACAGGACCUUGCGUAAACUGGACCAGGAGAUGGAGCAGUUAAAUCAUCAUACAACUACUCGCACCCAGAUGGAGAUGCUGUCCAAAGACAAAAUGAGUAUGAUGAAUAUGAUCAACUGGCAAAGCAUAAUUGAUUUGAAGGAGAAGGAAAUACCAGAAUUAAGAAAUAGACUUCAGAAUGUCAAUAGAGACAUACAGCGCCUAAAGAAUGAUAUAGAAGAGCAAGAAACUCUUUUGGGUACAAUAAUACCUGAAGAAGAAAGUGCUAAAGUAUGUUUGACAGAUGUUACAAUCAUGGAGAGGUUCCAGAUGGAACUAAAAGAUGUUGAAAGAAAAAUUGCACAACAAGCAGCUAAGCUACAAGGAAUAGACUUGGAUCGAACUGUUCAACAAGUAAACCAGGAAAAACAAGAAAAACAACACAAAUUAGAUACAGUUUCCAGUAAGAUUGAAUUGAAUCGUAAGCUCAUACAGGACCAGCAAGAACAAAUUCAACACCUAAAAAGUAUGACAAACGAGCUUAAGUCAGAAAAACUUCAGAUAGCCACUAAUUUACAACGUCGUCAGCAACUGGAAGAGCAGACGGUGGAAUUAUCCACUGAAGUUCAAUCUUUACACAGAGAAAUCAAGAUACAAGAAAGGUGGCUACAAGAUAACCUUACCCUAAGAAAAAGAAAUGAGGAACUGAAAGAGGUUGAAGAAGAAAGAAAACGACAUUUGAAGGAAAUGGGUCAAAUGCAAGUCCUGCAGAUGAGAAAGGAACACCAGCAGUUGGAAGAUAACAUAGACAGUAUAAAAAGAAACCACAGUUUGGCCUUAGGGCGACAGAAAGGUUAUGAAGAAGAAAUUAUUCAUUUUAAGAAAGAACUUCGAGAUCCUCAAUUUCGGGAUGCUGAGGAAAAGUACCGAGAAAUGAUGAUUGUUAUGAGAACAACAGAGCUUGUGAACAAGGAUCUGGACAUCUAUUAUAAAACUCUGGACCAGUAAGU